AUAUCAGGUGGUAGCACCACUGAACGGACGCCCGCUCCCCCCGAUCCCGUGGAAUUGCCAUAAUAUACAAAGCACGAUAUGACGGCGGUAGUCAAAGGCUAAGAGCGGUAGGUAUAUUGAUCUGUUCAGGAACUAUGCAGCUCUAGAAAAUAUGUGAAUCAUCUAGCAACAUGUCAUUCCAGGCCCGGAAUCUCAGACUACUAACAAUCCGUGCGACCUGGUUUAGCCGCCACUACGCCAUACAACACGCUGGCAUCGACUUUGUUGUGCUCGAGCGGAGGACAAACGUCGUCGAGGACCUUGGCUCGAGCUUGGUCCCCGCGGCCCCGAGUCUGCGCAUCCUCCACCAGUUCGGCAUUUUCGAUCAACUUGUCAAGAUUAGCGCUGAACUAUUCGACAAUAAGGCCUUCACCAUCGAUGAACGGGUGUUCAAGUCUACCAGGUUGUUGUUCGACGUCUUCCUCCAAGAAGAGCGCGGAUGGGUCUUUCUCUAUGAAAAGCUGCCCGAGCCAACGGCAGAGCGCAUCACCUUCUCCAUAUGCAGUAAGCAGCUUGAAGAAUACACCCGAGAGGACGUUUUCGAAGAACAUUUCAAUGUCGGCGGCGCAGGCCUGGAGGAGGGCAUAUGCGAGAGCUGGAGCCGGGAUGGCCGCAUCAUCCUCGUAGGCGAUAGCGCGCACAAGUUCACGCCAAACGUUGGGCACGGUUCCAACACCGGUAUCCAGGACGUCGUCAUGGUCUGCGACAAGCUGCAAAAGCUUCACGUCCCGCAGGAGUCCGGCAAGAAGGCGGCGGGCGCGGCGACGACUGACUUCUCGGCCCUGGAGCGCGCGUUCAAGGAGCACCGGAAGGAGAUGCAGGAGGAGGUACAGGCAUACCGCAAGUCCUCGGCCCGUAUGACGAGGAUGCAUGAACGGGCUUCGUGGUGGAAUUGA